ACGGUGCCGGCCGAGCGGGCAAGGCAGAGCGUGGGUGUCAGAGGAAAGAUGGUGGAAGUUUGCGCGUGGUUGUCCCCCCAUCAUACCCAGAAAUUCAACAGCAACAAUAAACAUUUUGGUCACCAGCCGAGCCGUUCGUUGUUUAUAAAUCUCAGCGGUGUGAAGUCGAGCGCCAGGUCGCAGCGUCUGCCUUUUGUUGGCUGAUAAAGAGCUCGGCGAGAGGGACCGGCCGCCCGGCCGCGCACAGCGGAGAUGCCCAAGGCCCGGGGCCGGCCUGGCCGCAACAAGGGAGGACGGAAUGGAGCUAAAAAGGAGACUCAGGCCAGUGACGAUGACGUCUCCAGUGAAGUACUCAGUCAUUACAGCAGUACCAGUGAGACUGCUAGUGUUCCUGAGGAAGCAGUUAAUGAUACCAUUAAUGAGCAGAUGGCCCAAGAGGAAGCUGAAGAUAAAUUGAAGGAAUGUAUUGAUAAUACAAUGCACAAAAGUGCUAAAACCAGACAAAAUGCACUUGAAAGCCUCAAGCUGGCAUUCUCAUCCAAAAUCCUAUCAGAAUUUUUAUUGGAUAGAAGAGUGACCCUCACUGAUUGCUUGGAACGUUGCUUGAAAAAAGGUAAGAGUGAAGAACAAGCACUUGCAGCUGUUGUUGCAAUCUUAUUGUGUAUUCAGCUGGGAUCGAGCAAAGAGGCUGAAGAUGUUUUCCAAGCUCUGAAAUCUAUUCUAAUUAAUAUCCUUACUGACAAAUCGGCUAGCUUGGCUGCCCGACACAAUUGUGCCACUGCUCUGGGAACAUGCUGCUAUGUAGCUGCUAAUGAAGAAGAGGACCUUGCAUCUUGCCUGACGUGCUUGGAGAGUGUCUUUAGUGCUUCGUACAUAAAGGGAGAUGGAUCUGUGCCCUCCCACAAUUCUCAGACUCAAAUCCUUCACUGCAAUGCUCUGCAAUCCUGGUCCUUACUGGUUACUAUCUGUCCACCCUCGAAAAUCCAAAAGUUCUUGGAAAAUCAUAUGCCCAAAUUACCUGGCCUCCUGUGUAGUGACAAUGUGAGUUUGCGAAUAGCAGCUGGGGAAACGAUAGCACUUCUGUUUGAGUUGGCACGCAGGACUGAUCAAGACUACUUCUAUGAAGACACUGGCCAGCUUUGUGAAAAGUUAAAGGCAUUGGCGACAGACGGUAAUAAACACAGAGCCAAAAACGAUCGGCGAAAGCAGCGGUCCAUUUUCCGAGAUGUCUUGCAUUCCAUCGAGGAUGAAGAAUGUCCAGAGGAAACGGUUAAGUUUGGGAUUGAGUGCCUUUACAUAGACAGCUGGGUCAGAAGAAGAGCCUAUGAUGUCUUCAAAGACGUUCUUGGAUCUGGUGUCAGACACCACCUGCAGCACAAUGAAUUGCUGCGAGAUAUCUUUGAACUGGGUUCUCCUCUCGUGCUGGAUGCUGCUGCUAUCAAGGCCAAUAAAAUUUCAAGAUUUGAAAAACAUCACUACAACUCUGCUGUAUUCAAAGCAAGGACAAAGGCAAGAAACAAAGUCCGGGAUAAAAGAGCUGAUGUACUUUGAGAAACCAAAGCUGCCAUCGUGUCAGACCUCUCUGUAAAUUUUAUUGUUCCUGGUCACUGUGAUUAUAAAAUACAUUCAACCAGGUUUUAUGAACUGUACAAGCAAUCAUGGGGCCUUUUAAUGCUGCAUGCACGCAUCACUCUUGUUGCUGUGUUUGCUUUAACUGUCAUUUCACUGAAUCUGCAUUUUAAAAUUAUGUUUAAAAAUAAACAUAUAAUCUGUAGGAUUGAUUCACAAAAAUUAUGUUACUGCAGACCGACCGAUACAGCCGUCGGUAAAAGUAAAAUUACUUUUUCUCCAUUUGAUCUUUUGCCUUGCAAACUGAACUUGCAAAUUUAAUCAUUUCAUUCAAAAUAUAUUAGUGGAGAAAUUGAUUAAAUAUUUCAAAGUAUUUAAUUUUACAAAAAAAAAAGAAAAUCAUAAAAAUAAAAGUGGGUUGUCUUCUAUUUUUCUACCUACAUUUUGUACCAGCAGGUAUCUGCUUUUUAAAUAUGAUACAGAAUUGUGAGAUCAGCUGGUACAGGGGUUGGGUUUAAAGAAGAUGUGUACAUUUGAUUUGGUAACGAAACAUAAGAUAUAUAUGAUUUUGAUUAUGGAAUGAUAAUUGUUGCUAAUUGCUUCUGUAAGUUUAAACUCCAAACUUUCAAGUUCUCAUGGACUUUGUCAACUAUUUUUGGCCUUGUGGUUUCCAAGACCUUUGUUCUUAAUUGAAAUCGUGUACCAAAAGGAACUGUUUACAUUUCGUUUGGGUUACUUGAAAAUGCACGCUUUUGCCUUGCCAGGAACUGCUGAUGUCUUCUUGCAUAAAUUUCAGACGUCAGCUUCUUUUGUACAUAAGCAGUUUUGUAAUUCAUUUCUGUAUUUGUAGUACUUUAAUCUGAAAGGUAUUUAUUUAGGCCAAAUAGAUUUACAACAGACUUGUAUCUGAAAUAUUGUACAUUCAAUAUAUGUCAAAGAUUUAGUGAAGGGAAACAAGCUUUUCAUUAAUUCCAGUUGUUAUAAAACAAUAGGUGCUUCAUAAUGAUAUCUAUCUUUAAUUUUGUUUAUAAAUCUUACACCUUUUGUAACCUCAGGAUGGGUAGAUUUUGAAGGUUUUACCAGUAUGGCUCGAUGACCUGAGUGCUGACUGAGAGAGAUUCUCCUUUUCUUGACAGUCAGACGCUUUAUCUGUUAUCUGUGCAGUGACGAUUCUUCCUUCGGGCAGUGUGCAUAAGGGAAAGUAGAUAUUCACCAGGUAACAGUAUUGAAUUUAACCACGUGCCUACCAUUUUGUAGUGUGACUUCUCUUGAAUAAUUAUAUUCAAACUACCAUUUGACCAGUCCAUCUGCUUAGUGAUGCUUUGAUCCAUCAACACAUAUUUAAACAAGGUAUACGGCUCUCGACAUUUGUGUGCUCCCCUAAAAAGUUUUUUUUUUUGUCAUAGUGCCCCUUUCUACAAAGAGUUUGCUCUUGACCGUAUCACAAUGUAGUGGCCCAGGAGCUAGUUGCAAAUUUCUGUAGAGUUGUCAGAAUUUUCAUAUUUGGUUAUCUUGGCCAAAGAUACUGACUUGUUUACAUUAUCAUACCAGGUUUUAUAUUAUGUUAUUGGUGCUACCAGUUCUGCAACUGUCAUCUUCAUUUCUCCCACUGCCAGUUUGAAAGUGUCUCUUUUUUUAAAAAUCUUCUGUACCUCGUGGACCUAAAAUAAUUAAUGUUUUUUGGUAUUCUUAACCAGUGUUCAUAACAUUUGCUGAUCAAUUUUCAUCAAAGUCCAAUUGGAGAGAAGAAUAAAGCAGCAUUGGUCCAAGCAUAUUGAUGUGUCACCUGCAGUUGGCUGUUUUGAGCCUUGUUAUAGUUUCAUCUAUAUCUAGGUGGUUUGGCUUGUCUGCAGUGCACAUGCACCUCAUAUCUGAGUUGCCAACAGCCAAAUGUCAGGUGAAAAAAAAUCUUACAAAUACAUCUGACUUCACCCCACUCUCCUCGCCCUCCCCCCUCCCCUUCAUUCCCCAGUAGAUUGGUGUGGGAUAGAGUGCAUUUGGAAUUCCUAGGGAUCUGUACACCAAUUUGAUGGUUUUUGCUUCUUCGAUGAUGCACGGAUAUUUGUGACAACCAAAUUCUUUCAAGCUUUAAAAAAUGAGGAAAUAAUUCUGUAUAUGUGCCUUUGCAUUAUGUACGCUGUAUCUGAAAGAGCUUAUUAAAUAUUGUGAAAAUAA